CUGUGAACGAUGAGGGAUUCAAAUCCAGCAGGCAAACAUUAUUUUUGAACUUUUCAAGGUAUCAUAAGAUUCCACAGCUGUAAAAUGAUUAUUCCGGUCUUCGUCCUUUUGUGCAUGGCCACAAGCACCCUCGCAGCAAGCCUAAGCGCAAGUGAUCCUAUAGCCAUCGUAGCUCAGUCCUCGGACAUUAGUCCUGAUGGAAGUUUUUCCAAUCGAUGGGAGAGUGCUAAUGGAAUAAGCUUCCAGGAGGAAGGAGUUCUUAAAAACGCUGGAACAAAAGACGAGGCUGAAUCUGUUCAAGGUUCAGCUUCAUGGACAGCUCCGGAUGGUACCAAACUUUCCCUGGAUUGGAAUGCCGACGAAAAUGGGGCUGUCUUCCAGGGAGCUCAUUUACCUACACCACCGCCCGUUCCAGAAAUUCCAGCUGCCAUUCAACGUGCCCUAGAUUGGAUUGCUGCGCAUCCUCAAAAACCUGAUGCACGCGUCGCGUAAAUAUUUCAGCCUUGUUUCUCGCAAGCUCUCUGUAUGCAGAAGUCUCGUUCAAUAAAAGUAUGGUAAAGUCCAAAUAA